AUGGCUGAGAGAGGAGCUCUGCUGGACCAAGAAAAAUUCUCCUGCUCCAUUUGUUUGGAUUUACUGAAGGAUCCGGUGACUAUUCCCUGUGGACAUAGCUACUGUAUGAACUGCCUUAAAGAACACUGGGAUGCCGGAACUCAAAGAGAAGUCUACAGCUGUCCUCAGUGCAGGAAAGAGUUCACACCAAGACCUGUGCUGGAGAAAAGCAUCGUAUUAACUGGUUUUCUGGAGGACCUGAAGAAGUCUGGACUCAGAGCUGAUCCAGUUGAUCUCUGCUAUGCUGGACCUGAAGAUGUGGCCUGUGAUGUCUGCACUGGUAGGAAGAUGAAAGCUGUCAGGUCUUGUUUGCUUUGCCCUGCUUCCUACUGCAGGGAUCAUCUCCAACCUCACUAUGAUGCUCCACCAUUAAAGAAACACAAACUGGUGAAACCCUCCAAGAACCUCCAGGAGAACAUCUGUUCUCGUCAUGAUGAGGUGAUGAAGAUCUUCUGUCGUACUGAUCAGCAGUGUAUCUGUUAUCUCUGCACUAUGGAUGAACAUAAAGGCCAUGAAGCAGUCCCAGCUGCAGCAGAAAGGGCUGAGAAGCAGAAGAAGCUCCAGGUGAGACGACAACAAAUUCAGCAGAGAAUCCAGGACCAAGAGAAAGAUGUGAAGCUGCUUCAACAGGAGGUGGAGGCCAUCAAUGUCUCUGCUGAUAAAACAGUGGAGGACAGUGAGAAGAUCUUCUCUGAUAUGAUCCGUCUCAUCCAGAAAGGAAACUCUGAUGUGAAGCAGCAGAUCAGAUCCCAGCAGGAAACUGAAGUGAGUCGAGUCAAAGAGCUUCAGGGGAAGCUGAAGCAGGAGAUCACUGAGCUGAAGAGGAAAGACGCUGAGCUGGAGCAGCUCUCAGACACAGAGGAUCACAGCCAGUUUCUCCUCAACUACCCCUCACUGUCAGCACUCAGUGAGUCUACACACUCACCCAGCAUCAAUAUUCGUCCUCUGAGAUACUUUGAGGAUGUGACAGCAGCUGUGUCAGAGAUCAGGGAGAAACUACAGGACAUCCUGAGAGACACAGGGACAAACAUCUCACUGAAAGUCACUGAGGUGGACGUUUCACUGUCUAAACCAGAACCAAAGACCAGGGCAGAGUUUUUAAAAUUCUCCAAAAAAAUCACUCUGGACCCAAACACAGUAAACAAAAAUCUGUUAUUUUCUGUAGGGACAAGAAAAGUGACAGUAAUUAAAAAACAACAGUACUAUUCGGACCAUUCAGACAGAUUCACUGAUUGGCCUCAGGUUCUGAGUAGAGAAGGUCUGACAGGACGUUGUUACUGGGAGGUGGAGAGGAGAGGAGGAGGAGUAGUUGAUGUGGCAGUUUCAUACAAGAACAUAACUAGAGCAGGAAGUUCAUCUAAAUGUAUUUUUGGGUUCAAUGACAAAUCUUGGUCUUUACGCUGUGAAACAAACAGUUACAAAUUAUGUCACAUCAACAUUCAAACUCCAGUAUCAGGUCCAGUUUCCUCCAGAGUAGGAGUGUACCUGGAUCACAGAGCAGGUAUUCUGUGUUUCUACAGCGUCUCUGACACCAUGACUCUCCUCCACAGAGUCCAGACCACAUUCACUCAGCCUCUACAUGCUGGAGUCAGGCUUAGACCUCUCUUUGAAGGUUCUUCUGCUGAGUUUGUUAACCUGAAACGUUCAGAAUUAUUCUAAGUUACCAGUUGGCUAAAAUUUGUAUUUUAUUUUCAUUUUCUUUAGUCUCCAUCUUUGUUGUUCUUUACUGCUUGAAACCCAGUUGUCUUUAUGGGGGCACUUUGUCAUCUUGUUUUGUAGAUAAACUAGUUACAUUUACAUGUAAAUCAUCAUAUUGGGCCAUUAUAAUUAUAAAAAUCACAAAUUUUAUUAUCUUGUCAUUGCAACAUACAUUUGGAUAAAAUUUGUCUUCUGCAAUUGAUCCACUCCUUAGGGAGAAGUGGGCUGACACUGUGUGACUGCUGGAGAGCAUUCUGGGUCUUGCUCAGGUACCCAGAGGGGAAAUCUGGGCUUCAAACCCAGAACCUCACAGCUUCUUAUUCAGAGGCCAUAUCCAUGGGAGUGACUGCCAACCAGUUUAAGGAAGAUGUUCCCUGUUAAAGAACUGCCGAGUGUCUAGUUUUUUAGUUUUGUUUUUUGCUUAAUUUUAAUUUAUCACUAUUUUUACUUUUUUUUUUUUACACAAG